AUGAAGAAGCCGCGCCAACAGCUGGGUUCUCACGCCCCGCUGCCUCUAAAGGAAGGCUUCUACUUUGUUUUAAUUAUCUUAUUCCUGCUGGAGAUUGCUGGAGCUCAAACUACAAGAAAUGCCACCGUUGAUCCUUCUGAAGCAAGAGCUUUGAACUCUAUAUUUCAGCGUUGGGAAAUUUCUGGAACAAAUCAAAGAUGGAACAUUAGCGGCGAAUUAUGCAGCGGAGUUGCAAUUGAUGAUACAACAAUUGACGUUAUCAAUCCGGGUAUUAAAUGUGGUUGCUCUUUCAACAAUAAUACCGUUUGCCGCAUUACUGCUCUAAAUCUAGGCCAAAACUAUUUGACGGGUCCACUACCUGCAUCUAUUGGAAACCUCACUCGCAUGCAGUACUUGAGUUUUGGAAUUAAUGCAUUAUCAGGGGAGCUUCCUAGGGAACUUGGGAUGCUGAAAGACUUAAAAUCGCUGAGUUUCAGCACAAAUAAUUUCUCUGGUUCUCUACCAUCUGAGCUUGGGAAUUUAACAAAACUAACUCAAAUGAGGUUUCAAGGAAACUCCUUUCAAGGGCCAAUACCACCAUCAUUCUCCAAUUUGACCUCUUUGAAUGAUCUGAGAAUAAGUGAUCUAUCUAAUGGAAGCUUUACACUGGACUUCCUUAGAAAUAUGAAGUCUCUUGGCACCUUAGUUUUGCGUAAUAAUAACAUUUCUGGUUCCAUACCUUCCAAUAUUGGUGACUAUCAGAAUUUAACACUGUUGGAUUUGAGCUUCAACAAUUUGACUGGACGCAUCCCAGAUUCACUUUUCAAUCUGAGUUCACUCACUCACUUGUUUCUUGGUAAUAAUACUUUGAAUGGUACCCUGCCUGCAGUAAAGGGUCCAACUCUCCAGAACAUUAAUUUGGUUGCCAACCGCUUCACCAUAGACAAUUCUAAUGGAAGGAUUGCAUUGUCUGCAACAGAAUUUUCCUUGCAGUCGAGGAUCACCUACCUGUGGGCAGUUAGCAAUGUUGGCCUGCCUUCUGAUAGCAGCAACCCAAAAUAUAAAAGUUCCUCUUCAUCCCAAUUCACGAAUACUUUGGAUUCAGAGUUGUUUCAAACUGCACGAAUUUCUGCUGGAUCUUUGAGAUACUACGGCUUGGGUCUUGAGAAUGGUAAUUACACCGUGAGACUUCAGUUUGCAGAAAUCGAAAUCCUAGGCACUAGAACUUGGAAGAGUCUUGGAAAGCGUGUUUUUGAUGUCUAUAUUCAGGGGAAACGGGAGUUGAAAGACUUUAACAUACUAAGAGAGACUGGUGGGACUUCUUUGAGAGCUGUUGCGAAGGAAUUUCUAGUAAAAGUGUCUGAAAACUACCUUGAAAUUCAUCUCUUCUGGGCUGGAAAAGGGACUUGUUGUGUACCUGCUCAAGGUACAUUUGGACCUUUGAUUUCGGCAAUAAGUGCCACCCCAGAUUUCGUUCCCACCGUUAGAAACAGACCUCCAAGUACGAAGAAGAACAGGACUGGCCUGAUUGUAGGGAUUGUAGUUGCAGUCGGAGCCGUAACCUUUCUUUCUAUAUUUGUAGCAUACUAUUUGGCUCAGAGAAGAAGAAAGAAGAAGAGCUAUGAGGAUGAAGAUUUUGGUCUGGCCAAAUUGUAUGAUGACAAAAAGACCCAUAUAAGCACCCGCGUUGCUGGAACAAUUGGGUAUCUUGCACCUGAAUAUGCCAUGCGUGGACACCUUACCGAGAAAGCAGAUGUAUUUAGCUUUGGAGUUGUAGCUUUAGAGAUUGUCAGUGGAAGGCCAAAUUCUGACUCAAGUUUGGAAGACGAUAGAGUGUAUCUUCUUGAAUGGGUAUGGUCUAUCUGCGUUUUGAACCUUCGUGCUUAUUGA